AGGGAGAGGGAGAGGGAGAGAUAGAGAGCAUGUGUACCAGUUGGCUGUUGGCUGCACCUCAUUGGCUUCCUACGGAUCAGAACAGAGCGACAGAGAAGCCGAGCAGAGCUGGAAUAAGAGACAGAAGAGACAUUGUUCUGAUCAGAUGAGUAAACAAAUCAAAUGAGUGAAAGUACAACCAUUAUUCAACUCUUUGUGGGGUUACUCCUCAGUGUGGCAGGUGGACAUGCCUCCUGCCCCAUUGAGUUGAGCCCACCCAGUGUUGUUGUGAGGUAUGGAGACCCAGUCUCAAUCAACUGCAGCACAUCAGAGACCCUGUUUGAAGGAAUUGGCUGGGAGGCUACAGAAGGAGCAAAACCCCUCCAGAAUGUCAGCCAUCUCACCUGGACUGUGGACAAGCUGACCGACUGGUCCUUCUCUACCUCCUGUUACUUCAACUACCAUGAAAAUAGUUCAUCGACCCAGUGUCUCAUUACCCCAGACGUUGUCCUUUACACAUUCCCAGAAGCCAUCACAAUGAGCUCCAACAGUGAUGAGGGUGUGAUGAAAGAAAUGGAGGAAUAUAACUUCACAUGCCACAUCCCUAAUAUAGCACCUGUUCAAAGACUCAGUGUAAAGUGGUACAAAGGAGAUGACUUCCUUCACACAGAGACUUUCAAUAAUAACAAUAAAAAGCCAGUCAAUCAGACAUCCAUCCUCCGCUUUAAAGCAACAAGACAAGACAGUGGAGUCACUUUCAGAUGCGAGGCCCAUAUGGACCUGGGCCAAGGAGAGCUACAACUUAUUGUGUCUUCCCAAGACUAUAAUAUCACAGUUCAUUAUGGACCAGAGUUGCUCUGUCCAAGCACUUACACUGCUCUGGAGCAUGCGCCCCACAGUCUCACCUGUACUGUUAAGGGCUUUCCUGAACCUGAGGUCAUCUGGUACAAAGAAGGCGAGGAGGUGGAACUUUCAGAGAACCUAACAAAAACAGAUGCAGGGCAGUACAUUAUCACAGCCUCAAACAAACUUUCAAGUGUCAACCUCUCAGUGGAUAUCACUGUCCUGUAUCCACCGUCACAGAUUGUUGAGCUUGAAGACUCUGAAGUCAGCGUUGGUUCCACUGUGUGGUUGAAGUGCUCCUCAACGGGCAACCCACGACCAAAAUAUUCUUGGGAUUAUUACCGUACUGACAAUGUGGAGGUGGACAGUGAGGAUGGAGUGUCCCGUCUGAUCAUCCAUAAUGCUACUGCAUUUAACAUGGGCCUCUUCACUUGUCAUACCUGGAAUGACAUGGGAAAUGUCUCAAAAACAGCCAGGGUCACAGUAAAAGGUGCAGAGCAAGAAUGCCCUAUUGAAAUAACUCCAGACAGGAUGGUGAUAGAAUACCAAGGAAGAAAUCAGAAUGCAACAUGCAAGGCAAUAUCCAACAUGCAAGGCAAUGUUAAAGAAAUAUACUGGCAGGGCAACAAGUCCUCCAGUUGGUCUGCUGACACCCAUAAAGACUGGGAUCCAAAGCCUGUUUGUAACGCCAACUUUGAGGGCAUAGGAUGGUGCAAGAAACGUUUAAACUUCACUCUUUACAAAAUCCCAGACAGUGUCUCCAUCCUCAUUGUGGGUAACUUAAGCUCUGUGGUGGAGGCGAGAGAGUUCCAGCUGCAGUGUGAUAUUACCAACGUUGCUCCAGCAGGAAACCUGGCAGUGCGAUGGUACAUAGGGAAUGAAACCAUUGAACCACUGAAAGGCUCAGUGCGGGUGACGGGCUGCCUACUCGAGAACAACAAAAACUGUGAUGGCAUUCUAUCGCCUCUGAAUGUGUUGUCGACUAUCAGCAUUACUCUGAACAGAACGCACAACGGAGCUGAGCUCAGAUGUGAAGCGCAGUUGGACCUUGGAUUUGAGGAACCUCAGCCUCCUCCAAACAUGAAGUCCAGCCCCCUCAACAUCUCUGUCCACUAUAAGCCAAUCAUUAAUACCACAAAACUUGCAAAGACAGUCCCAGUGUUCAGAGGUUAUCCUGAGGAGCUUGUUUGUGAAGCUGAUGGUAACCCACCUCCAAAGAUUGUGUGGCUCUCCAGCUCGGACAACGUGCCCCAUGUGUCUGGAAACAUGUUGACCGUGUCUGAAGCGGGCCUCUACAACUGCACGGCCGCCAAUGACGUAGACUCCAUCUCCUUUGAGGUUGAAGUGAUUUUAAAAGAGGACUACCUUCCCCUCAUAGCUGGAUUUGUGGCUGUCACUGUAGUUGCCAUCUCCAUCAUAUUCGUCUUCAUCUACUCAAUCUACUACAAGAACACCAAGAUGCGACGCUACAGUCUUAAAAACCCCAAACUUAACACCCACAAUGGAAACGUAGCUCACAACGGCUGGGACAUGCAGUUUCCUAUGACUAAACUGCCCUACUUCUCACACGGUAGACGACGUAGGCCUACUCGCGCGCGAGUGUACGAGUUUCACGUGAAUGAAAAGAAGGAAAGGGCUGACACGUACGACGGACACAUUUUUGUCAAUACGUUUUUCGUCUGGACCAUUUUUCAUUUGACUUUGAAAGGCUUUCGUCUUGGCACAUAUUGCAGAAUGUUGUUCUUCGUUCUUAUCGCCUUGAGUGCGUGCUCAGGACAGCCUGUGACUUCCUCCUGUCCGGUUGAGAUGAGUCCUACCACAGCUGUGGUGAGAUUUGGAGACCCCUUCUCUGCCAACUGUAGCUCAUUGUCUAACCAGACAGAGGGGAUGGGCUGGGAGUCUACAUUAGGAGGCACACCACUUACACACGGAUUCACAUUCCUUCCCUUAAAAAUAGACUCUGUCACAGACUGGACCGUAAAUGCACAAUGCUUCUUAAAUACGCUUGAUGAAAAUCAGUGUUUUAAAAUCCUGCCGAUCACAGUGUAUAAAACACCAGACAGUGUGUCUGUUCAUCAAGUGGAUCAAAAAGGCCCAAUAGUGUCGGGCCAAUUAUAUUAUUUGCAGUGUGACGUUGAAAAUGUUGCACCAAUGAGACACCUCUCUGUGUACUGGUACCAAGGAAAUCAGUUAGUUGAAAAACAUAAAGUUGGCGAUCCAGAUCCAAUUCCAGCCAGCAAGUCAUUUACCCAAGGGAUGCGUGCCCAUUCUGAUGAUAAUGGGACUAAGAUCUGGUGUGAAGCACAGCUGAACUUUCCGGGAGUACCAAACGCUUACACAGUCCGAUCAGAGCCACAUGAAUUGAUUGUCCUGUACCCACCCUUUUUCAUGGAUCCUGCAAAUGAGACGCACGAAAUUCGAGCUGAUAGCAAAACAACAUUAAAUUGCACUGCGACAGGAAACCCUUCACCCAGUUACAGCUGGCAUUUCCCUGACAACACACAGAUGAACUGGAGUCAACAUAAGCAUCCAGCCUUUUUGACUCCGGACAAUGAUGUUCCAGGGACUUAUAAAUGCACUGCUUCUAAUACCCAGGGCACCACGAGCAAAUAUUUCACUGUCAUCAAGGCUAAAGGGAAUCGCACAACCUUUGCAGCCUUGGUUGGAGGAUUUGUGUCCCUGGGAGCCCUGCUAUUUGUCGGCGGACUCUUUUUCAUGACACCUGAAGGCACAUUUGCUUUCAACAAAGGCAGCUAUCUCAAAGGACAACCUACCUCAUCCGGACCUAGACGCAAGAAAGAUUUCCUGCCUUUUAAAUGCUCAGGGGCUUGGGGGCCCUUUUGUUCCAACAUAGUUCCCUGCAGAGUUGCCAAGUUUGUCCAAGUUGGAUUUUUCUUUCCCUCGCGGCUUUAUCGACGGAUCAGUGCAGAAAGUAACAUGGGGACCACAUUUCUCUCAUGGAUUCUGACCUUUUGCAUGUUUUACUCAGUGUCAGGUGAAGGUUGUUCCCUAAUCCUCAAGCCCUCCAGGGUGGUGGUGGGCUUUGGGGAGCCGGUGUCAGUCACCUGCGAGGCCGCCCGCCCCGUCCGUGUCCUUGGAUGGGAAUCGGCCAUCAGUGCUGCACACACUCAGCAGGAGUUGUCUGUCCAGUGGAAGGUGGACAGUCUCAUCGAUUGGAUAGAGGAGCCCAUCUGUUAUGGAGUGUUUUUCACAGCCCCGAGACAGUGUGAGGAGAAACUCAACCUUGUCCUCUACAAAACCCCAGACAGUGUCUCCAUCAGGCCUGUGAACCUCACUGGCCCCAUGGUGGAAGGAAAAGAAUACCAGCUGCUCUGCGAGGUUCAAAACAUCGCUCCAGUUCAGUAUCUCACCCUGAGGUGGUACAAAGGGCAGACUGAGGUUUACAACCACUCCUUCUCUGACCUCACAUCCACCUCGCCUGUCCAAGUCUCCUCUAUCCUCUUGGUCACACCGACCAAGGCUGAGAAUGGAGCACAGUACCGUUGUGUGGCAGAGUUGGAGCUCGGACCAGAGGGACCAAAACCCCCUCCUACUGUGACCUCAGAGCCUUUAAAUGCCUCUGUGUACUUUCCCCCAGCGUUUCUCAAUCCUGAACCAGAAGUUUUGGACCUUAUAGAGGGCGUUGAAAUAACAUUAAACUGCACUGCCACCGGAAACCCUGCGCCUGUGUAUAGCUGGCAGUCCUCACAUCCCAUACCAGAGAGGAUGGAGGAUGAAGCAGCUCUUACCUCCUCCUCCUUGAUCCCAGGGACGUACACCUGCACUGCCUCCAACACACUGGAAAAGAGGAGCAAGCAGUUCAUUAUCAAGGCCGCGACCAAAGGUGCUUGAAACAGGACGUUGGGAUGGGACAAGAUGACCACGUUGGAUAUACAGUUCAACCAAGGAGACUUUGAAAAUGCAUUUAUGACUCAACCAAUAUUUAUAAAGCGAUAGAGAGCAUAUUUAAGAAAGCAUCAGGCAGAAGUAACUCUCUUUAAAAGAAAAGAUCUUAAUACUUUGUGUGAUAACAGUCAAUUAAUUUGUCUGUAUUUUCUCUUGAAUGUGGUCUACGAGAGUGAUCAGAGUCGGAGGAUGUUCACUUCUUAUGCUCUCAGUGUGAUAUCCUGUAUCUAUUUUAUAUUUUUUUGCUUGGCUAACUAUUGUAUUAACAAAAUGAUCUUGUGACUUUGCGAAUAUGUAGCUACUUUACAUAGCAUUUCUUGCUAACACGUUAAUUUAAUACUGCAAAUGUAAUACCAAAUGUUAAAGAUCAACAGGCUAUUACUGUAAAUAUGAAUAUUUACCUAUCUUUAUGAAUAAAGUUAAAAUCAACAGUA